UCUUUUUUUUACUUGUGAGCAAAAUUUUAAACCACAAAAUUCAAAUGAAAAAAUGGGAAUGUGGGAAGUAGUCCCGGAAAGCUAUAAAACCCACCUGCUUCGGUACUCUGUUUCCAGCGCGCAUUUAGAAAGAACCUUCCCUCCAAAAAUGAUGGCAGUCCCUUCCGAUUCCUUCCGACGCCUCUUUCCGGCGGCGCUCCUCCUCCUAGCUUUCUCCGGAAACGCCCUCUCCGCCCGACAGUGUGCCGACUGCGGCUCAACUCAGGUCCCGUACCCGCUCAGCACCGCCCCUGACUGCGGCGACCCACGCUACAAGAUCCGCUGCAAUAGCAGCGGCAGCCUGUUCUUUGACACCCUCAACAACACCUACGCCAUCUCCUACAUCGACCCGGAGUCUCAGCGGCUCACGAUCGAGCCGGCACCGUUCUUACCACACACCUGCGUCACAGAGGACAUCUCCACCGGCGGAAUCCUCCUCAAUUCGUCCCUUCCGUUCAAUAUCACCGGCAGCAACACGAUUCUGUACCUCAAUUGUACGGAUGCGCUGUUUAAUUCCCCGCUUAAUUGCUCCUCUGAUAGCGCCUGCCACGCCUACAUCAACGGCAGCCUCAAUGCCGGGAAUCCCGCCGGCGCGUGCUCCAAAGAGCCGGUCUGCUGCAGCUUUAAAGCUGGCGGGUCGACCACGGCGCACAGGCUCCGUGUCAGGACGUCGGGUUGCCGGGCGUACAGGGCAUUCGUGAACUUGAACGAGUCUUUGCCGCUUUCUCCGGAAACCACCUCUCCGCCACGGCAGUGUGGCGGCUCAUCUCCGGUCCGUUACCCGCUCUGCACCGCCCGCGGUGACCCACUCGACAAGAUCCGCUACAACAGCACCACCGGCGGCCUGUUCUUUGACGCCAUCAACAACACCUACGUCAUCUCCUCCAUCGACCCGGAAUCUCGGCGGCUCAUGAUCGAGCCCGCACCGUUCUUACGGAACACCUGCGUCACAGGGGACAUCUCCCCCGGCGAAAUCCUCUUCAAUUCCUCCCUCCCGUUCAAUAUCACCGGCAGCAACACAAUUCUCUAUCUCAAUUGUACAAUUGAGGAAAAGAAUUACACAGAGCCACAUAUCCACUUGGCUGUUUUCGUGCAACGUUUGGUGGGGGAGGAGAAGAUAAUGGAUGUCGUGGAUCCGGGGUUGAAGGAAGGGGCGAUCAAUUUGGAGUUGGAGACGAUGAAGGCGCUCGGGUUUCUGGCUAUGGGGUGUUUGGAGGAGAGGAGGCAAAACCGGUCUUCCAUGAAAGAAGUUGUUGAAGAGAUUGAGUAUUUAAUCAGUGUGGCUACUGCUAGUAAUGAUGAGGAUGAGAAAUAGUGAGUUGCGUUUAUGGAGCUUUAGUGGUUUAUAAUGGGGAAAACGAUUAAAACAGGAGUAAAACAUUGAAAAUAUACUAAAAGUAUAGCAAUGUGCACAUGUAUAGUGUCACAUUAUAUUCACAUUGCUACAUUGCGAAGUCCUAUUUCGUGAAUAAAAACAUUGAACUUCU